AAUGUAAAUGUCACAUAAUUUGACAGUUUCGGGCUAGGAUGGGUUGAGUCUGCGAAGUUGAAUUAAUUUUAAAAAUCAAAAAUGGUCCAGUUACUUUACAUUGUCGCUAGUUUACAUGUGCUAUUAUGUCCAUUUACAAAAGUUGAAGAAAGUUUUAACAUUCAAGCAACUCACGAUAUUUUAUAUCAUCGUCAUAACCUCACACAGUACGAUCACAAUGAGUUUCCGGGAGUGGUGCCGCGUACUUUCAUUGGACCUCUAGUAGUAGCAGUAUUUUCGGCUCCAGUGGGAGCUUUGUUACAUAUCACAGGAAUAAACAAGUUUUGGAUGCAAUAUGUAGUUCGUUUGUCUCUAGCAUUGAGUGUGAUAGUAACAUGGAGUCGCCUGAGGAAUUCGUUACAGAAGCAGUUUGGCAACACAUUUACUUGGUGGUACACAAUAGUGACUGUCACUCAGUACCACUUUAUGUUUUAUAUGAGCAGACCGCUACCUAAUAUAAUGGUACUUCCACUUGUACUUUUAGCAUUUGAAGGAUGGUUCUCAGGAAAACACAAACAAUUUAUAAUAUCAGCUGGUGCUUCUAUUGUUAUAUUCCGAUCUGAACUAGCCAUGCUCUUUGGGCUAUUUGUACUUAUGGAUUUGUACUUUAAGAAAAUUGAUAUUCAAAAGUUUAUCAAAAUAGUUGUGCCAGCUGGAAUUGGGCUAGUUGUCCUUACUGUGGCCAUAGAUUCCAUAUUUUGGGGCCGUUUAUUGUGGCCUGAAGCUGAAGUGUUCUGGUACAACACUAUUCUAAAUAAGAGUUCCAAUUGGGGUACAUCGCCAUUCCUAUGGUAUUUCUACUCCGCUCUGCCGCGCGGACUCGGCCCCAGUCUUGUGCUGAUUCCAGUAGGGGUUUACCUGGACCGGCGGCUGGUACCUCUAGUGGCGCCAGCCGUUACGUACAUCCUUCUCUACUCCAUCUUACCGCACAAGGAGCUAAGAUUCAUAAUAUACGUGUUCCCUCUCCUCAACGCAGCGUCGGCAGCUGCAUGCUCAUAUAUAUUCAUAAGACGAACCAAAGCGCCGAAAUUCGAGUUAAUGUUCUGGGUGAUCAUUAUUAUCAUAUUAGGAAAUAUUGUUAUGUCAUUGGCCUUUGUUCUGGUUGCAAUGAAUAACUAUCCUGGUGGAGUCGCUAUCACAAGGUUCCACAAACUUUUAAAGAAUGAACCAUUCGUCCAUGUACAUAUCAGCAAUCUUGCAGCUCAAACUGGUGUUACUAGGUUUACGCAAAUUAACGACCAAUGGGUGUAUAGUAAAAACGAAUCACUAGAAACAGAGCAACUUCAGGAGUAUACACAUUUACUUCUUGAAGCUAAAAGCAAAUAUUCUCCAAAUUUAAAAGCCUUUACUCACACACAUAUGAUUUUAGAUAGCAUCGAUACAUUCUCCCAAGUAGCAAUGAAUUAUAAAUUAAUGCCCCCUGUCCGUAUUAAAACUAGACCAGCACUUUUUAUACUUGAAAGAAAAGAUUUUCGGGAGUAUCCUUUUGCCAAAACGAUUGAUAGCACUAUUUUAAAUGAAAAUAGUGAGUCAAAUCAAGUUUCUACAGAAGAAACAGUUGUCAAUGUUGUAAAUUACGAUACAUCAGAUGAAGUUGUCGAUAAAGAGUCACAAACGGUGACUUAUGUCGAUGAAGAAGAAGAAAUACUAGAGGAAGAUGUACAAUUAAAGAGCGAGUCGAAAGAUGAUCAAGAAACUGUAAACGAAGAGAGCUCAAACGUAGACGUAAUACCAGAUUCUUCUCCCGAUCAAGAGAAAGUGCUUCCUGAAGUUAAUGAAGAGCCACUACUUGAGGCAAAAAAAGCGUUUGAUGAACUAAAACUGUUAAAACAAGAACGAAAACGAAAAGCGAUAGCAAAAAUUAAGUCUGAAACGCGUAAAGAGGUCGUUGCAUCAGCAAAGGAAAAGUUAAAGGAAAUAAUGAAACGCCAUAAACACAUAGCGGAAGAACUUUCCGAAGGUAUUGUGACCGAAAAGGUCGAAGAGACUGGAUCUGAUGGAAGAGGUGAUAUACCAGAGCCUGAAUUUGUAUUAGAACCUGAAACACCAGAACAUAUAGUUAAUGAAACAGAACCACCAUCACCCUUGCCAUCACUGGAAGAUCUUAUAAAAAGCGACGAUGAUAAAAAUCAUACAAACGAGAAUAUUGAUGCUAUAGUGGAAGAAGUUAUCACUAGACUGAUAGAUAGAAAAAUAUACGAUGAUAAAACGAAACCUGAAGAUAUUAAAGCUGAAGACAGACAAAUGAUUCAAAGAAUUGUGGAAGAAGUUGUUUCAGAGAGAAUGAAUUAUUCUAAAGGUGAAAGCAAGUGAAUAAUGUAAGAGUAUAUUUAUAUGCUGCGAU